UGUUGCAAAGCACUCAGUUACGAUUCAAACAUCACCUACCUUCCUUGCACUUAACGAACGAAAUGUCUACCACCAAACGAGAUUGCAUGGCUAUCCGAAGAAUACUUAAUAAUGGUGACGAUUAUCAAGCCCUUAGUCCCACGCUCUCCACGAGCGAUUCUGACACUGUACUGGACAAUGACAAACCAUAUGAAUGCGAGUGGCCCAAGUGUGGGAAAGCUUUUUCCCGACGAAGCGACCUAGCCAGACAUCGAAGGAUACAUACCGGCGAAAGGCCCUAUCGCUGUAAUUGGCAUGGCUGUGGUAAACAGUUCAUUCAAAGAGCCGCACUAACUGUCCAUUAUCGCACGCAUACUGGCGAACGCCCACACAUUUGCGAACAUCCCAAUUGUAACAAGAGCUUUAGCGAU